UUCUCUCUCCCCUCACCAGCUCGUGCUCUGUCUCUGUCUCUGUCUCUCUCUCUCAAAAAUAAAUAAACAUUAAAACAAAAGAUGUAAAAAGAUUGAGAUGGGGAAGAAUGAGGUUGAGGAACUCUGGUAGGAUGAUGUGUCCCUUUUCAGGAAGGUAUGAGGCAAGGCCAGUAAUUGUGAGGGACAAGUAGAAGAAGAAGGACUUGAAGAGUAUGAAGUGUGCUCCAGGCCACAACUGGGUAAUCAACCAAAAAUUAAUAAUUGGAUUGUUUUAACAACUGGUUUCACCUGAGGUUAAGGCACAGGGCCCAGAAAGAGGGGGGCAUGGUAUUGCCUAGACAGGACUCCCCAUAACAUCCUGUCGAUCCCUAAAUUUGCAUAAGUUUCCAAGCAUCUCCUUUGCUGGAAGGCCUUCCCUAUCUGCUAAGUCUCACAGUGCAGCUCCUACUAUCUUUCACUCAGUUAUUCCACAGCUCUGCUUGGCACUCUUAUCUAUCAGAUGGCAUCUUUGGGGAUUACACAUAAUUUUUCAGAGCCCCACCACUGUGGGACUCUUGAUACUGCAUAAAAAUGUUAGAACUCUUAAAUUCAUUUCCUUGACUUUCCUCUCUUAACUUUCACUGUAGGUCUUUUGCCUCUCUGUUCUUUCACCUUCCCUUCACCUUUCCCUUCUACCUGUGUAACUGUAUGAUCAUUCUCCUUUUCUUUUUUGAAUCUCUAUUUUAAGGAGUAACAAAAUUCACUCUUACUGCCAGUCGUUUUUUGUAAAUUCUCUUAUCGUUAGUUUCUUUUUGUAUAUGUAUGGAAAUUACUUUUUUCUAAAAAUUUUCUAUCCCUUUUUCCUGUAUGACUUCCCAACUUGAUUAUAUUUCCCAGCUUCCCUUGCCACUAAAUGGGCAAUGUAACUAAAUUUUUGCUCAUAGAAUGUGAGCAGAAGUUAUGUAUGCAAAUAUGCCUCACUUGCUGGAAAUAAAUUGGUUUUCUGGGGCUUCCUGUCAUUUUACUUCCUACAAGCUGAAAUGUGGAGGUUAUGGAAACUUUCAUGAUGGUGAAGAGAAUAAUGGCCUAGGAGAUCAAGAAUCAUUGACUUGGGGGAACCCGGAUCCCUUAAUGAGAUAGGACAAGGCUACCCCAUCACCCUGGGAACUACCCUACCAUUCAUACACACUUCAGAGUAUUGAAUGAAAGAGAAAAUAUUAAGCCACAUAUAUUUUGGUUUCUUCAUCAUAGCAGGUUAGCCUUUAACUUAACUAAUACACAUUUAUUCAUGAAUGGUGACAUAUCGUUAACAUCACGGGAAGGAAAUUUUUUGUGUGUCUUUUAUUUUGUUGGAAAAAAGAUAACCUUUUUGGGUGUAAUGCUGCCAGGCCACAGUCUUUCUGGGUAAUUGUUUCUAUUAAUGACCCAACCAUAAUAACUUCUAACAUGGUUUCUAAAAUGGAGUCCUCUAUAUCUUCUUAUGUAGUUCAAAGAAAAAUUCUGAAGGUAGGUAUUGUUCACAUUCUAUAGAUUAAAAACUUGGAUUCAGAGAGAUUACGAGACUUACACUAGUUCACACAGCUACUUAAGUGAGAGUCAGGUCUCAAAGCCAUUUGGGAACCAUUUACUUUAGUGCUUGUUCCUAGUACAUCACACUGCUUAGUAAAAUUAGAAGUGAUUGAAGUGCCUUUUAAUAACAAAUCCACUGAACUCUAUAGCCAAGCUAAUGAGUCACUUAAUCAAUAGUUAUACAUUGAAUGUCAGCUAUAUUCAGGACAUUUUCAUAAGGAGGAAGGUAAUAGACAUAUCUAGCCUGUUCUCUGCUCAUACAGAAGAACAUAUAUAUGUAAACAGGUGCCACACUGGGGGAAGAGGAAGUAAAAUGUUGCCAAGCCCUUUUCAUGUAUUAGGUACUGAGAUAAUGAGGUAAGUCUUGUCAUUGUUAUAAUUAAGUCCUGGAGAGGUUAGAGACUUGCCCCAAGUCACAUAACCCAAGUAGGUUUCAGGCUUGGGAUUGACUCUGUGUCUGUAAAGACUCUAAAGCUCACUAACAUGGGGGAGCUCCUGAAUGUGACUGAGAUUUAGCAGGGAGUGAUCAUUUUCCUCCAGGAAGUCAGGGAAGCCUUGGUAGAGGUGAUAGAGUUAGAUCUGGGUAGGAUUUGGAUAGGGAGAGAAAGUAUGGGGACAGGGGAAGGAAAGAUAGCUUGGUAAAGGAGCCAAGGUAGGAGUGAAAGAUAGUGAGUGGGCCAGCUCUGUUGGUAGGGGUGGUUUAUGCUGGGAAACAUAGGGACAUUGGCUCCAUGGCUCUAAACUUCCAUGAAAGGCAGUCUAGAAAUGCUAACUGCCUUCCUGACACCCCCCUCCCCAGUCCAUAUGUCUGAGCACAUUGGUCUGAGCACCUGAACCUGGGUCUGCACUGCCCCAGAUUAUGUGAGCUGGGAGAGAGGUUUAGUCCUGCUCUCUGCUCAAGCUUACACCCUUUUACAUAUAUUUGGAUCAGAAGUCUGAACUGGCCUUUGUGUGAACACCAGCGACAGCCAAGUACCUAGCAAAGUGGUACUUAAUUGCUCCUUCAGGGUCCACUUAGAGUAAUAGCUGUGAACAGGUGUCCCAGGUGUCCCCCAUAGGCAGUGACAAACUUUGCUGAAGAUGAGUCACAAAUUCUUGGCAGGAUUAGCUUAAAUAGGGGCAGAAAGCCUUUGUCCGUACUGAUCUCGUCCUAGAUUACAUACUUCUUCAGUGUCACCAUAUUUCCUACCUCAAUCAUGAUUGAUGGAGAAAGGAUGACUAUACAUAAAAUCUAUUAGCUCCACAAAGGGGAAGAAUUUUUUCCAGGUAAUCAGGAGUAUUCUGAAGAUGGCUCAUUCUAUUGGGUGAUAUAAAAGAAUGAGAAAAAUUCUGCCCAUAACUCUAAGUCUGCUUAAUUUUUAUCAUGAACUAUAUAUAAGACCUGAUAUUUUUUGUUUAGCUGACCUACAAUUAGUAACAUUUGUAGAUUUCUCACUCUGUAUUAUUACUAUUUGAUCAGCAAAUGGAAUAAUAGAGCAAAUAGGAUAUAAAAACUGGCUGAGAGUUUAGGGUUUGUAUUCACACCUCAAUCAAAAUAAGAAUCAUUUAGAUUCUUGGUUAAUUUUUCCUUCUCUUGACAUUUUUUGACAUUUGACAUUUGUUUGACAUUAGUUUUAGUGGGACAAUAACGUUACAUAGCAAAGAAUUCUAGGCUUGAAUCCCAAAGUCUUGGGACUAGGUAUUAGCUUUGUCACUAGUAUUCUGUGUGAGUAGGAUAAGUCACUUAGAUACCUUUCUGACUUUACAAUAAAUAGGUUGGACAAGGUCGUCUUUAAAGUAUCUUUCAGAUUUAAACCUGAACAUAUGAGAUUUUGGCAUUUUCUGAUUUUUAGUUUUCUGCUCUUGAGUUAUGUUUACAAUAGGAAUAUUUACCUUCGUAUGUAAUAGAUGGACUUUGGAUUAAUUGGAUUGUGUCUGAAAAUUCUCAAACUUCUUUAGAGAUAAUAAUAAUAGAAGUAGUCAACUUCUCCGUAAUUAAUUGAAUGCCUUAUGACAGCAAUAAUUCUCCACUUCUGAAAUUAUGAACAAUAAAUUGGAACUAAGAUAAAAUGUCACUGAAAGUAAAUUGUCUUUCACAUGAAAUUCAACUUAUUUGUAUGAAAAAUGAAAUGAAAUGAAAUGAACUUUUUAAUUUCAGGGAUUUAAGGACACUUCAUGCUGUUUCUUUAAAGUGAUCAAAUUGCCCAGAUGCAUUUUUCAACGUUUAUUUAUUUUUGGGACAGAGAGAGACAGAGCAUGAACGGGGGAGGGGCAGAGAGAGAGGGAGACACAGAAUCGGAAACAGGCUCCAGGCUCUGAGCCAUCAGCCCAGAGCCUGACGCGGGGCUCGAACUCACGGACCGCGAGAUCGUGACCUGGCUGAAGUCGGACGCUUAACCGACUGCGCCACCCAGGCGCCCCAGAUGCAUUUUUAUGUCCUUUGAAACUUGAGGGCUGGAAGUUCUGGAUUAAAGCCAAUGCCCUAUGAACCUCAGGAGAGAGAGGUCUUUGUUAUUUUCAGAAGAGGAAGCACCUGGCUGAGGUCCAACAGAGACUUCAUGGUCAUUCUCACAGAAAGAGUCUCUGCUCCCUUAUUCUCUGAUCUCCCUGUUGAUCAAUUGGAUGAGGAGACUGUUCCCCUGCCCUGGAAAUUACAGCGCGAGGGUAAUCUCCUCAUCAUUUUGGCCAUCAGCUUCAACUCUGGGCUCCAUACCCCCAUGUACUUUUUUCUGUUCAACUUGGCUACCAUGGAUAUUAUCUGCACCUCUUCCAUCAUGCCCAAAGCACUGGAGGGUCUGAUGUCAGAGGAGAGCUCCAUCUCUUAUGGGGGUUGCAUGGCCCAGCUCUAUUUCCUCACAUGGGCUGCAUCCUCUGAGCUGCUCCUCCUCACGGUCAUGGCCUAUGACCGGUAUGCAGCCAUCUGCCACCCUCUGCAUUACAGCACCAUGAUGAGCAAGGCUUUCUGCAGCAAGCUGACCACAGGUGUCUGGGUACUCUGUGCCUUCAACACAACCAUCAACACUGGGCUGAUGCUGCGGUUGAAUUUCUGUGGUCCCAAUAUCGUUACCCAUUUUUUCUGUGAGGUGCCUCCUCUGUUGCUUCUCUCCUGUAGCUCCACCUAUGUGAAUAGCAUCAUGGUUGUCCUGGCUGACGCCUUUUAUGGCAUAUUGAACUUCCUGAUGACCGUCGUGUCAUAUGGCUUUAUCAUCUCCAGCAUUCUAAAGAUGCGGACUGUAGAGGGGAAGAAAAAAGCCUUUUCCACCUGCUCUUCCCACCUCAUUGUGGUGUGUAUGUAUUAUACCGCUGUCUUCUAUGCCUACAUAAGCCCUGUCUCUAGCUACAGUGCAGAGAAGAGCAAGUUGGCUGGUGUAUUGUACACCAUGUUGAGCCCUACUCUCAACCCCCUCAUGUAUACUCUGAGAAACAAGGAGGUCAAAGCAGCCCUCAGGAAGAUUUUCUCCUUCACCAGAAAUUAAUUUCUGUCUUCUGCAACUUUUGUUGGAGACUGCAUAUUGAAGUCCACGGUGGCCUCAGAGACUCUCCAAUGAAUAAGGCUUUGAAAACUACCACUAAUGAACCAGUGUGAUUACUAGAUUUUCAACAUGCUAUGUAGAGCAAUUAUUGGUAAUCGUCUUGGUUUCUUGCAAUUUUUAUAUUUUCUGCAUCUUGUAAUGGAUUUUUUAAAAAAAUAAAUAGUACUUAAAUGAG